UGGUGUACUGUUGCUAGUGAUGGUGGAGAUGUUUGUGUUUCCUUUCAGUAUUUCAUAUCAUAAAGGAUUGAUAGGAAGUCAGUUUAUCCAACAAAACUAUCCGUGUAGAUUAUGUUACAAAUUGAAUAGGCCUGUUGGUAGAAGGAUGGCUUCUUUUUUGGGUAGUCGUUGGUUAUUAUGUCGAUUGAAUCCUAAUCUGGUUAGAAAGUUAAAGUCAUCUGUUGAGAGAUACCAUACGUUGGGUGAAAAACUAGCUGAACCACAAGUUUUAAAAGAACCUGCGGAAUUGAAAAGAAUAUCCAAAUUGCGAGCCUCGUUGGAAGACUUGGUGAAUAGUUACACGACCUGGGAACAAUUGACAGAGGAAUUGAAUAGCACCAAACAACUGUUGUAUGAAGAAAGUGAUCCUGAAAUGAAACAAUUGGUACAGAUGGAACUGAGUGACCUGGAAAAAAGAUUGGAUCAAGUAGAAAAUAACUUGAAACAGUUGUUGUUGCCAAAAGAUCCUAAUGACGAGCGCAAUGUGAUGAUAGAAGUUCGAGCUGGAACAGGAGGUGAUGAAGCCAACAUCUGGGCGGGUGAUCUGGUUCGAGUCUUUCAAAAAUAUGCAGAGUUGCGAAAUUGGAAAGCGAUUAUUGUUUCUUGUCAUGAAGGAGACGCUGGUGGUUAUAAAGAGUGCAUAUUGGAAGUGAAAGGUGAAAGUGUUUAUUCCAAAAUGAAAUGGGAAGCUGGAGUCCAUCGCGUUCAACGCAUUCCUACUACAGAAACGAGUGGAAGAGUGCAUACUUCUACAGCUACCGUAGCAGUUAUGCCGGAAGUAGAUGAAGUGGAAGUUGAAAUUGACCCCAAAGAUGUUGAAGUAAGUACUGCACGUUCAGGAGGAGCGGGUGGACAAAAUGUAAACAAAGUUGAAACUGCCAUAGAUUUAUUCCAUAAACCUACUGGAAUUCGUAUUUUUUGUACAGAGGAAAGGUCACAGUUACAAAAUAAGGAACGUGCGUUUCAAAUUCUUCGUGCCAAACUGUACGAAAUACGUUUGAAAGAGCAGCAAGAUGCUAUUACUGGAAUGAGACGUAGUCAAGUUGGAUCAGGUGCUCGUGCGGAGAAGAUUCGUACCUACAACUAUAAGGACGCACGAGUAACUGACCAUCGUUUGGGUAUGAAUUUCUCUCUAGACCAAUUUUUACAAGGAGACUUGGAGCCGAUGACUCAAGCUUGCAUGAUUGCAGAUCAACAGCAACGUCUUGUAGAUUCUUUGGAACCCUCCCAUGCAAUGGAAGAAUCUUCGACUUUAUAAAGAAAAGAGAGAGUCAAAUGGAUGAGGUGUCCAAGUGAGGGACAUUCUUCAAUUUGAAUCAUGGAUCAACCCUCGUUCUUAGAGGAGACGGCUAUGCUGUCUAAUCGUUUCUUAUUGUUUGACUCGCAAAGUUGCUAUUAUUGCAUCAUAGAAUAAAAUGGUUUCGCCACAU